AUGGCCACCACUCUUGUGUAUCAGCAUUCCCUGGUGGACGACAUCGCCCACCAGCUAUAUCGCAGACCCAUGUCCAAGGACAAGCGUUCGCCUGAUCAGCCAGCCCCUUUCCAGGGCGAGUUCUCCUUUGUCAACAAGGAUGCUGGCAACAUUGACUCCAAAGACCACAAUGCCGCCGUGUCCUGGCAUGUGAUGAACCGUUACGAGCGAUGGAAGAAGCAGGAGCAAGCCAAAAAGCUGCGAGCGUCUGCCAAUGUUCCCGUGGGGCCGCUCUCCCCCCGUUUGCAACAGCCACAACAGACACAGUCCCCGCUGCCACCGCUGGCGCCACCGCCGCCGCCAUCACUCGCGCAACCACAGUCUUCGAGAGUCGUUCCUCCACCAACCCCCUUUGGAUUUGACCCAUGGACGGUCGAGCAACCCCUUCAGCUUGCCUAUCCUGGCAUUAGCAGCUCUGGCCAGGCGUCAGGUAGUGGGGUGCCAGCGUCAACUACAUCGACGCCGUCGACGCAUUCGAGCAUGAUUGAAGAUGAUCCGACAUCCAUGUUGAGUUCGAUCAACACAUCACUAGAUCACGGUGCAAGCGAGCUCGAGGCGACGUCCUUAUCCAUGACUCCGCUGGUGAACAAUCUGAUAGCGUUCGCCUACGAAGUUUUCAUCCCUCAAAGCUGGCCCAGAGAAUCAGACAGGACCGAGGGAUCAUAUGAAAUCGCGCGGAGUUGGGACGAUACAGCUUUAAUCAACCAGGACGUUUGUUACGCUAAUGCAUAUCUGAGCCUUCUGGCAGCUGCCAUGGGUAUUCUGACCGAGGACGAGAGUCUUGCAUAUCAAUCCCGAUAUUUCCAGGGGCAGGCCAUGACAGCGUUGAGGCAGCGAGUGGCUCGUCCUGGGCCACAAGACAUGCCAACACUCAAGGCCAUACUGAAGCUCUUUUCGGCCGAAACGCUUGUUGACAACACCUCGGUCGCGCGUAUGCAUCUCAAAAUGCUGCGAAAUCUCGUCAAUGCCGCUGGGGGAGUCAUUCUGAUGGAUGCCUGGUUCCGCGAGGAUCUACUCUCCUGCGACUGUUAUUUUGCUCUCAAGUACGAAACUCGCCCACUCUUCCCGGCAUCGGAGUGGACACCUGGACCCUUGAGUCAGCCAUGGAAGGCCCGCUUGUUGUCCGCAGGGGUGUUUGGGGACCACGCCGCCACCAUUGAUCCGCUGAUAGAGCAUCCUAUCAUGAAAGCUGUUAUUACCGACUUGCGCGAACUCUUCAAAGCCCAAGACUACACCCAACUUCACGAGGUACCGGGCGACGAUCAGCUGCUGAGGUGGAAGCAACUACCUUACACUUGCAUUGCGACGGCAUUGAUGACGGCCAUGGUCUUGGGUUCGCCGGAACCGGUGCGAUUUGGGCUCAAGUUAAUCACCGAUCUACGCAAGAAGCUGACCGAGAGCCUCUCGGAGGAUGCCACUGCCCAAUUUCGGCGACUGCGACUGUGGGCACUAUUUGUGGGAUCACUGGCGGAGAAAGUGCAUCCUAUGAGCGGUGCCGACGAUCACUGGUUCCACGAACAAUACCAGAGUCAAUCCAGCGAAAUGGGACUGUCGGGUUGGGAAGACACAAAGAAAGUCGUGCGACAAAUCCUAUACUCGGACAAACUUCAUCAAGAGAUCGAGUCUGGAAGAGCUCAUCGGGUGGCUGAUGCCAGGCAAGGACUCUACACUGCGUCGGGCUGCAGCUGGCGAGAGCCGUGGUCGGAUACGAAUCUGGGCGUUCUGGACGCGGAGGAGGAUGUUGGCGGGUCGGUGUCUGCAGGCAAACGCCAUGCAGAGGAUGAUUAA